UCAGAUCUUUAAAAGCUGCUGCUUUGCUGUGUCUCUCUCGAUCUCCAUUUGUCUCCUCUUGCACUGCAGGGGACUCCUGGCUGCCUAACGAUUGAACCGACUAAGCACCAAGCAAAACUGAAGAGACGGAGAGAGGACAGAGAGAAAGAGAUAAAUAUACAUCCAGAAAUAGCAUCAGCCACAUUUGACUGACUGAGAGAGAAAGAGAGAGAGAGAGAGAGUGUGUGUGGAGCUGAACCUGAGACCUGGACAGAAAAUGCCUCUCCUUUCUAACUUAACGACUAUUGUCUUGUUGCUGAUUGCUCACUGCGGAUCUUGGAUUCUGGCUAACCGCUUGGGCCCCUACAAGGGUUGUCCCUCCUGUAGAGAACCUUUGGGGGCAGGUCGGGCCCCCAGAGACCAUAUUGGGCAAGCAGGCAGCACAUCCAUGUUGGCCCAGGGAGAGCCCUGUGGUGUGUACACCCUGAGCUGUGCCAAGGGGCUGCGCUGCGUGCCCCCUCCACAGGAACACAGUCCUCUCCAGGCGCUGCUGCAGGGCAGGGGCUUCUGCACCAAGCACAGCAGGACCAGUCCCACAGAGAGGCCCCACCCCACAGGUCCACAUCCUUCACAAAGUGGUGAAAUAGAAAAGGCACCCUGCCGUAAGCUGCUCAAUAGUGUUCUGCGAGGUAUUGAGCUCACUAUCUUUCAGUCUGAUCGUGACAUCUAUAUCCCCAACUGUGAUACUCGGGGCUUCUACAGGAAAAAGCAGUGUCGCUCCUCCAAGGGCAUGCAGCGUGGCCACUGUUGGUGUGUGGAUGAGCUGGGUACCGCCUUGCCCUCACGUGCCAGCGAAGACGGCACUUUACCAUGCGAUGGAGAGUGAGGGAGGUCCUUGUCCCAAAACUUUGAGCCUGGAGGAGGGGGAGUAA